ACACGAUUAAACUUUAUCAAAAAAAAAAAAACUUUAUCACUUCACUAUCAAACAUUUCUUUAUUUUCCAAGACUCUUUCACCUCCAUCACAGGUUCACAGCUCUCUCAAUCUUUCACCUCAGACUCUCUCUUUCUCUUAACGCUUCAAACCUUCAGCUCUUCUCAAGGACUCAAAGCUUGCUGGAUAUUUACCGGUGCCGCCGCUCUCACCAAAUGGCAUGACUUCAUCGUUAGUGUAAAGAGGAGUUAGAAACGAAGGGAGGCAGAAAGUAUGGCUGCGUGAGGGGAGGGAAAGAAGCAUUUUGUGUAAUUUUGUACCGGUCCGGUAUCCAUUAACCUGCCGGAAUCCGGUAUAUAUCGCGGUAUGGCCGAAACAGCUCCGGUACGUCCGGUAUUUAAACCGCUACGAAAUGCUAGCGUUUCUGUACCGGCGAAGGUUCCGGCACGGUAAAUACCAGCUGGUACGGUACGAGAUUGUCUUCCUUGCAUCAGAAUCUAGACUUGCUUUGCUUAGUAAAACUGUAUUGAACCGAAGCAAUCAUCAAUCAUCCACCAAACAUGCCAUCCUCUGUUUCCAUUUCCCCUGUUAUAUUUGUUUGGAUUACUACUAUCAUAAUCAUAAACCAUGCGAAUACUACUGUUGCAAAACCUCAAUCAUCGUCACUAGCCCAGGAAUCAAAGGCUCUGAAACAGACUCACUGGUGGCAGUGGUGCUAUUAUGAAAACAUAACCAUAAGUCCUUGCGAUUUGCAGGGUAUCGUUUGCAAUGAUGGUAGAAGCGUGAUAGAGAUCAACUUAAACAAAGCAAAAUGGUUACACGAUAUGCAACCCUACUUAAGCAAUUUUAACUUCUCUUCAUUCCCAAAUUUGGUCCGAUUCAAGCCAGCAGGAGUGCGGCUACAUGGGAGCAUCCCACCAGAGAUUGGUAGUGUUUCUAAACUCACUCACCUCAACUUAUCUCGGAAUCUUCUUUCAGGUGAGCUACCUCUCUCACUCGCAAAACUCACUCAAUUAGAGAAGCUUGAUAUUUCUUUCAAUCAAAUGAGCGGUCCAAUUCCCUUACAAUUGGGAAACCUGAGAAGUCUUGUUGAAUUAUACCUGGGUGGAAAUUACUUCAGUGGUACGAUCCCUUCAACUCUUGGUCUUUUGACUUGUCUCACUCAUCUUGAUUUACAUUCAAAUCAAAUCAACGGUACUAUCCCUUCUCAAAUAUAUAAUCUGAAGAAUUUGAUGGCUCUGCAUUUUGAUGAUAACAAUCUUUUUGGUCCUAUUUCUUCAAAAAUUGGAAACCUGAAAAAUGUGGUUUCUCUAAACCUUUCUCAUAACUUGCUCAUUGGUCCACUUCCUCAUACUUUGGGUUGUUUGACAAACUUGACCCUUCUCUCUCUUGAUUCCAACCAAAUCAGUGGCCCCAUUCCCCUAGAAAUAGGAAACAUGAGAAAGUUGAGGCACUUGGAUCUCCAUAAUAAUAGCCUUACUGGUUUAAUACCUUCAACUCUGGGGAACUUGACCAAAUUGGAUUUUUUAAAUCUUAGCGUCAACAAUCUUGUUGGUAAAAUUCCUCCAUACGUGGGUCAUUUAACCAAUUUAAGCUAUUUGGAUAUUCAUUCAAAUCAAAUAAAUGGUUCAAUUCCCACGGAAAUAAGGAAUUUGACAAAAUUGGUUUUUUUGGAUCUUGGUGUUAACAAUCUCUCUGGUACAAUUCCUCCGGUCUUUGGUCAUUUAGCCACAUUAUGCUAUCUGGACAUUCAUUCAAAUCAAAUAAAUGGUUCCAUAAAUUCAACAAUGGGAGAUUUGCAAUUUAUGAAAAAGUUGGAUCUAUCAAAUAACCACAUAUCUGGAAUCAUUCCACAUGAGUUAACUCAAUUAACCCGAUUGGAAUAUCUUAAUCUUUCCUUGAACAAACUUUCUGGUGAGAUACUACCUAAUAUAGGUAAUCUCUAUAGUCUUUCUGUUCUAGACCUCUCCCACAACAAUCUGAGCGGAUCCAUUCCAACUCAACUUGGUUAUUGCUUUUUUUUGGGUCAAUUGUUUUUGAGCUACAACCGCUUUAGUGGAACCAUUCCUCCUGGAGUUUCAUACUCAGAUAAGCUGACUAUUUUUGACCUUAGUCAUAACUUGUUUAGUGGAAAUAUACCUCUUCAACUUGGGUACUCAAAAAACUUACGACACGUGGAUCUCAGCUCUAAUACUCUUACUGGGCACAUUCCUAGCACACUUGUUUUCCAUUGCCAAAUCAAUUUGUCUUACAACUACUUGGAAGGUCAAAUCCCAGAUGGUUUUUGGAGAUAUAAUACACUCAGGUCAGUUAUGGGCAACAAGAAUUUAUGUGAUGACCACAUCUCAGGAAUACCUCAUUGCUCCACAGGGAUUAAGAAAUCCUCAAAUUUGAUUAAGAUCAUUAUUCUGGCCCCUGUUAUCCUCGGCUUCUUAUUACUUGGAGUUGGAAUUGUGUUCCUCUCUCGCCGAAAGGUAAUUAGGAAUAAUAAAAAUGAGUGUAAAGCAAUGAGGAAUGGAAAUUUAUUCUCAAUAUGGAAUUAUGAUGGAAAUAUUGCAUUCGAAGACAUCAUUGCAGCAACAGAGGACUUUGAUAUCAGAUAUUGCAUUGGAACUGGUGGUUAUGGCAGUGUUUACAAAGCAACACUACCAAGUGGAAAAGUGAUUGCCCUUAAAAAACUUCACCAUUUAGAAUCUCAGGAGCCAGCUUUUGACAAGAGUUUUAGGAAUGAAGCCAAAGUCUUAUCUGAAGUUCGUCAUCGAAACAUUGUGAAGCUUUAUGGGUUUUGUCUACACAACCGAUGCAUGUUUUUGGUUUAUGAAUACAUUGAAAGAGGAAGCUUAUUUUAUGCCAUAAGCAAUGAUGUUGAAGCUAAGGAACUGAAUUGGAAGAAGCGGGUGAAUAUCAUUAAAGGAAUAGCAAAUGCUUUAUCAUACUUGCAUCAUGAUUGCAUUCCAACAAUUGUCCAUCGAGACUUGACCACAAGCAACAUUUUAUUGAACUCAGAAUUUGAGGCUUUUGUUGCAGAUUUUGGCAUUGCUAGACCCCUAAAUCCUGAUUCCUCCAAUUUAACCACACUUGCUGGCACCUGCGGAUAUAUUGCCCCAGAACUUGCCUACACCAUGGUUGUGAACGAAAAAUGUGAUGUCUAUAGCUUUGGUAUAGUGGUGCUUGAAACAAUAAUGGGAAGGCAUCCAGGAGAGCUUAUAUCCUCAUUAGCAUCAUCAUCUGCUCGACAUAUCAUGCUGAAAGAUGUCUUAGAUCCUCGCCUUUCACCUCAUAUUAACCAAACAAUUGCUCAAAAUGUGGUUUUAGUUGUGACACUAGCAUUGGCCUGCCUACGUUCCAAUCCUAAAUCUCGCCCUACAAUGAAACAAGUGUCACAAGAAAUCCUUGUUCGGAAGCCGCCACUACUCAAGCCGUUUUAUGAAAUUUCAAUGUGGGAGUUGAUGAAUCAAGAAAUAUACUUGGUAGACAAAAAUUAGAAAAAGUUUAGAUAAGGUCUUUGGUGACCCAUCUUCAGUAGGUGCAGUAGACAAAGCCAUCCAUACCGGGAAGACAACACUAGCACUGACCGAUUACCUAAAAGGGGUGGACUAUUGAAUAAUGAUUUUGUUGUAUAUUUCUAUAUUUAUACCUCAUACCAUUGUUGUCCUUACUGCACCACCAGGAUGCUGAUAAGUUGUAUUUUCCCAGGAUUGCAAAUGUGUUGACUUUUUAUUCCCACAAUAAGUCUUUAAUAACGUCCUCUAUGCCUAACUAAAUUGAUUAAAUUGUUAUCACUGCUA